GUCAUUGGGUGCGAUGCUGCCUCUGGCUGCUCUGCAAGAGACAGCAGCCGGACUGACUGCCGCAGGGGCUCUCUGAACCCGAGCGGACUGCUGCCUACACACAGAGGCUACCAGCUCUCAUUCUCGGCUAAAUUGCUCCGCCGUCACGCACUGACCUAACAGUAAACGAUGUUUUCAAUGGACGCCGUUUCGCACGACAUGUUUUAAGUCGCAGUUUUCGACCGUGGAAAUUCCCCCUUCUUCUCGGAUUAUUUUUUGAGGUACAACUGUGAUCUCUUCAUCACACAUCGACUGGAGCAGAGCCAGCCACUCCAUUUGCUAGCCGCAUGCGAACGUCUCGUCGUUGGCAGUUAGCUUGGUAACGUUAGUCGAUGUGUCUAGCUUUCUGGAGGUUUAGUUUCCAUAAUACUGGAUUUGGUUUUCAGUUGCCUUUGGCAUCGAGCUAGCUUUAGAUUGUGUAUCGUUUUAAACACCAUUAGGUAGCUAAAGCUGGCUAGCUAGUGUACGUGUUAUAACAAGCCAGGGAGAUUUUGGUCGUCAAAGCACAUCUGACUGGCACGAGAGCAGCAGGGGGUUCGUUGGGAUACGAAAUGCGACUCGCUAAAUAAUCAAGGUUACACAGGAGAAACCACAUACAUUUCUCAGUUUUCAUUCAAAAGAUUACCAUUCAGAUGACCUUGAGCCAGAUAUCCUCCAGUCCUCUCUCCUUCCUAAUAGACAGAGUGGCAGAGCCUCCAGUGUCCUCAACAGUGAUAGAGAGAGUGAAAAGGAGAAGCAACAUAUCUUCUGCAGGAUGGAAACACACAGCUGGGCCCAGUUUCACUCCAGUCCCCUCCUGACAAUUCUUGGGGAGCUAGCAAUAUCUGUUCCUCUUCAUCAGACAACAGCUGGAGUUUUUACAAGAGGCUAUGUUUACGUCGUAGAGAUAUGCAGGCCUUCAUCACAAGGGGCAGCAUGUUUGAGUGACAAGCUAAGGAGGAAGUGGGAUCUCUGAAGCGCCUCCCCCUGCUGGUGGAGUCCCUGAACAUCUGGACCAGAGACCCCUUUACACAGCAGGACAGGAUGCGGAGGUUUGCCUACUGUAAGGUGGUGCUGGCCACCUCCCUGGUGUGGGUGAUGUUGGACAUGUUCAUCCUGCUCUACUUCAGCGAGUGUAACAAGUGUGAUGACAAGAGGGAGAGGGGCCUGCCAGGCAGGGACGAUACAGUAUUGCGGCCCAGGGAUGGUCCAGGAGAAGGAGGUAAACCUGUGGUGAUUCCUAAAGAGAACCAGGAGAAGAUGAAGGAGAUGUUUAAGAUCAACCAGUUUAACCUGAUGGCUUCUGAGAUGAUCGCUUUCAACAGAACCCUGCCUGACGUACGCCUGGAGGGCUGUAAGAAUAAGCUGUAUCCAGACGAUCUGCCUCGUACCAGUGUAGUGAUCGUGUUCCACAACGAGGCCUGGUCCACUCUGCUGCGGACCGUACGCUCUGUCAUAGACCGCUCCCCCAGGUCUCUGUUGGAGGAGGUAGUUCUGGUGGACGACGCUAGUGAGAGAGACUUCCUGAAGCGUCCAUUGGAGCAGUAUGUAAGGAGGAUGGAGGUUCCAGUCAGAGUGGUGAGGAUGGAACAGAGGUCUGGACUGAUCAGAGCUCGACUGAAAGGAGCCUCACUCUCCACCGGACAGGUGAUCACGUUUCUAGACGCUCACUGUGAGUGCACCAUUGGGUGGCUGGAACCUCUGCUGGCCCGCAUCAAACUCGACAGGAAAACGGUGGUGUGUCCCAUCAUCGACGUGAUCAGUGAUGACACGUUUGAGUACAUGGCUGGUUCUGACAUGACCUACGGAGGCUUCAACUGGAAGCUCAACUUCCGCUGGUACCCCGUACCCCAGAGAGAGAUGGACCGCCGCAAGGGAGACCGCACUCUGCCUGUCAGGACUCCUACCAUGGCCGGUGGGUUGUUCUCUAUAGACAGAGAUUAUUUCCAGGAGAUAGGGACGUAUGACGCAGGUAUGGACAUUUGGGGAGGAGAGAACCUGGAGAUCUCCUUUAGAAUCUGGCAGUGCGGGGGGACGUUGGAGAUCGUGACUUGUUCUCAUGUGGGUCACGUGUUCCGGAAGGCCACGCCCUACACGUUUCCAGGGGGAACGGGUCAGAUCAUCAAUAAGAACAACAGACGCCUGGCUGAGGUCUGGAUGGACGAGUUCAAAAACUUCUUCUACAUCAUCUCCCCUGGUGUGACGAAGGUGGACUAUGGUGACAUCACGUCUCGCUCCUCUCUGAGACAGAAGCUGCAGUGUAAACCUUUCAGCUGGUACCUGGAGAACGUCUAUCCUGACUCCCAGAUACCACGACACUACUACUCACUGGGAGAGAUCCGUAACGUGGAGACUAACCAGUGUCUGGACAACAUGGCCCGGAAGGAGAAUGAGAAAGUUGGCAUCUUCAACUGCCAUGGCAUGGGAGGAAACCAGGUGUUUAGCUACACGGCCAAUAAAGAGAUCAGGACAGAUGACCUGUGUCUAGACGUGUCCAAACUCAACGGUCCUGUCAUGAUGCUCAAGUGUCACCACCUCAAAGGAAACCAGCUCUGGGAGUAUGACCCCAUGAAGUUGACCCUGAUCCACGUCAACAGUAACCAGUGUCUGGACAAGGCCAGUGAGGAGGACAGCCAGGUGCCCAGCGUCAGAGACUGCACACACACUCGCUCUCAACAGUGGCUGCUGCGCAACGUCACGCUGCCUGAGAUCUUCUGACCGCCGUCCACAUACACACUGACGGAGAGAGAGCGAGAGGGGGAAGAAGGGACAGAGUCCACACUGAAUGGGAUGAAGCAGGCUGUCUCUGGACCCUUCUAUGGCGGCUAGGUGAGAGGGAACGUGUUUGGACUCACUGGAGGAGAGACUCAUACUUUUAAAGACAGACUGGUAAUGUUUUAAAGAGAGAGAGAGAGACCUGCUCCUGGAGAGACAUGUUGUUAAAGAGAGAGAGAGAGACUCACAGA